GGCCCCGCCGCUCUAUAAAAGGCGGCCGCGGCGGGGAGUGACCUCAGCAGCACAGCCCGAGACCGAGAGUCAGACUGAGUUCCCCCUCGACCGCCCGCCCGACACUGAACCCGCCGCUUCACCCGGACAGCAGCAGCAGCAGCAGCCCCCGCCCCCGCUAUCGUAUGUCCACUUGCCAGAACCUGCAGAGCUUCGAUCCCUUUGCUGAUGCACUUAAGGGGGAUGAUCUCCUCCCUUCUGGGACUGAGGAUUACAUACACAUAAGGAUUCAGCAGAGAAACGGCAGGAAAACCCUCACUACCGUCCAGGGGAUUGCUGACGAAUAUGACAAAAAGAAGCUUGUCAAGCACUUCAAAAAGCAAUUUGCCUGUAAUGGUACUGUAAUUGAACAUCCAGAAUACGGUGAGGUCAUCCAACUUCAAGGGGACCAGCGCAAGAACAUCUGCAAGUUCCUGAUUGAGGUUGGCAUUGUUAAAGAAGAACAACUCAAGGUUCAUGGGUUUUAAUUCACUUCCUCUGCACUACAGCUAGAUAACAGGCUCUGGCUUCUGGGCUGUAAUCUCUUGUAAUGGGAAGCCUGUAUGGCAUCUAACUCUCUCUCAAUGAGCAGUUCACAAUCUUCCAGCUCCUGCAGCAAGAUCUUUGACACAUUUGCUUUUGUCCCAGUUAAGUUUUUUUUUAAACAUGGUUUGUAAUGUUUGUGCUUUUUCUUUAAAAAGCACAUGUUAGAACUCUUUGUACCUCUCUUUGUAUAAUGUAUAAUAAAACCCACUUGAGAAACUU